AUGGGCCUGGCUUGCGGCCAGGAUCCAAAAAUUGUCGAGAAUAUAUGCUCAUGGGUGAGACAUGCAGUAGAGAUUCCCUUCUUCGCCAAAAUGACGCCCAACAUCACUGAUAUUUGUGCCAUAGCCUCUGCAGCUAAAGUAGGUGGUGCAGAUGGAGUUACCGCAACGAAUACGGUAGCCAGUUUGAUGCAUAUGAAAGCAGACGCUACUGCAUGGCCAGCAGUUGGUAAAGAAAAGAGGACAACAUAUGGGGGCAUGUCCGGAUCGGCAAUUCGUCCCAUAGCUCUCAGAGCUGUUUCUGCUAUAUCAAGAAAACUGAAGGGAUUCCCAAUCAUGGCUAGUGGAGGUGUAGAAAGCGCUGAGACUGCGCUGGCUUUCCUUUACGGUGGAGCUUCACUUUUACAAGUUGCAUCUGCCAUACAAAACCAAGAUUACACUGUUGUGGAAGAUUACUGUACUGGCCUACGAGCACUCCUCUAUCUCAAAGCAGCUGAACUCGAGGGGUGGGAUGGCCAAAGCCCUCCCAUCAAAAAACAUCAAAAGGGGAAGCCUAUUCUGGUCGAGAAUGCGGUAGGCUAA